AUGGCAAAACGCAAGGCCAGAUGGGGAUCGAUAUUCAAGCUCCCAUCAUUCGCCAAAGGGCCACGCCUGCAGGACGCUUGCGACCUCAUCUGUCUUGAAACCCAGGAAAGACUUUCUUCUGGUGUACUACGCAACGUGGAGAAGAAUGAACCCAAGCUAGGCGACACAGUGGAGCUUAUAGCCAUAUCUACAGGAACCAUCAACCCCACCGGUGUUGAAGGCGACGAAGCUGACAAGCUGUAUAAGCUGGAUAUGGAAGCAUAUGAAGGCGACGGCCCGUUAUAUGCAAGAACUUCCGAGUAUCUAGGUCAAUAUGACAGUGGCGGUUCGAUAUUAUCACCUGAAGCAUGGAGUCUCAUGCGAUGCCAAACUAACGAAAUCACAGAAGCUAAGAAAGAGACGGAAUUAUAUGGCAUAGAAGGCUCAGACGGAAGGGAGUACCACUUUUACAAUGUACUAUGGGUUGAGCGUAAUAGAGAAAUAGCAUACCGGCGUGCGGCGGGACGUGUGCCGAAGGUAAUCUGGGAUGCAAAUUGCACUCCGCCAACGAAGAUCAUCCUUGGUUAA